CUUUCUCUCUCUUCUGCGAUUGACUGUGGAGAGGGAGAGGGAGAGGGAGAGAGGAUGAGCGAGACGAGGCCGGUGCCGAGGAGGGAGAGCCCAUGGGGACGGCCGGAGGGGGACCACCGUCAACCCAAGGCCCAUCGCUGCAACGAUCGAGCUGAGGACGUCGUUCAAGCUUGUUUUGAAGGAAAUCCAUUCAAGACAGUCCCAGGACCCUUCAAGCUCUUUUGGCAAUGCAUGCGGUCAAAACCGGGGGAGGAGCCAACAGAGCCAUUCUACUACUUGGACUUGGAGUCCCCAAAGAGAGAGGUUAAACUUGAAUGACACAACCUCUUUUAGACUAUGAUUGCCUUCUGUUUCCAAUCUCUGCCUCUGUUCUUGUAAUAUCUGUGGAUGAAGACGGGUUUUUGAAGUGCAGCCAGUUAUUUUAUUCUAGUUUUAUUUUGUGUGUGUGUGUACUUAUCCACACCAGCUAAUAAAAUGAAUCUUUAACUUGGUUUUCUUUUCCUA